AUGUUUGGCUAUGAAGAUUUAUUGAAUUUUGAUAUUAAAAAGACAGAAGCAGCCAUAUCUGUUCAGGAAAUAACGAGUAAUUGGAAUAAGUUUGUAAGUAAGUUUUUAAAGGAAUUUAUUUUCUUAAAGUAUAUUUCUUAUGGUAAGUUUUAUGCUAUUUUAUCUACAUUUACAGUUUCUGGUUUCUUUCAUAAUUACAAACCAUCAACUUUAUUGUUCUUUUUAUCAUUUCCAUUACUAGGAAAGAUACUUGAUGAUUUUAAUAAGAAUUUUGAAAACAAUUUGAUAAAAAGGAUUCAAACAAGUUUAUUUGUUUCAUACUUCUCAGUUCCUUUCUUAACACAAUCCGUUAAAGAAACUUUUAUUGUAUGGAAAAGUGUUUAUUUCUACAUGCAUAUUUACAUAGGCAUUUGUGGAAUACUUCUUCUAUUGAAAUUUAUCUAUUUAAAACUAACUAAGAUAAAAGAUUCUGAAAAGAAAAUUGAUUAA